AUUGCUUACCGCCUUGGACAACGUGAAAAGUCUUCUAAGCUUCUACGGCUUUUCCCAGGCAAUGGAAAACAACGAGGCAGAGCCCCUCAAAAGUCACUCUCUAGGCGCCAUACAGUAUACAAAAGAAAGCCUUAACAACGGCAUCGAUACAAAGAAAGAUGAAGAGUUUUCAUUUUCAAAAAUACCAAAACAAAGAAAAGUUCUCUUGGCAUCCAUGGCAUUGGUGAACUUCUUAAGUGUCACGGGGUUCGCUCUUCUGGCGCCCUUCUUUCCAGCAGAGGCUAAAAAGAAGGGAGCUUCACAAACUGUGGUUGGAAUGAUAUUUGGAGUUUUUGAAUUUGUUGUCUUCUUAUCGUCUCCAGUUCUAGGAAAUUACAUUACAAAAGUUGGAUCAAAGUUCAUGUAUCUCUCAGGAACAAUGGUUGGGGGUAUUUGCGGUAUAUUAUUUGGAGUGUUAGAUAAAAGCCCAGAUGGAACUGUCUAUAUUGUUAUGUGUUUUCUCUGUCGAACAGUUGAGGCUUUAGGAUGUUCGAUGUUUGUGACGGCCAGUUUUGCCAUUAUUGCAAGUGUGUUUCCUGACAAUGUUACUACAGUUUUUGGUGUCUUAGAAACGUUCUCUGGACUUGGGAUGAUUGCCGGACCAGCUGUAGGUGGCGCUCUCUACCAGUUGGGAGGAUUUGGGUUGCCAUUUUUCAUAGUUGGAUCUAUAACGGUAAUAAAUGGAGUGCUGGGGUACUUUCUUAUAGGACAUAUUGAUGAUUCCCCAAGACCCAGGUCAAAAUCAAUACUAUUUUUACUAAGGAAUCCAUUUACCUGGGUCAUUGCUCUAAGUUUAUCAGCUGGGAGUUUUUCUUUAGCAUUUCUUGAUCCCACUUUAGCGUUGCAUGUGGAAAAAUUACCUGAGUUAAAGGAUAACACAGCAUUAAUAGGACUGGUAUUUUUGAUAGGUGGUGGCAUUUACACUUUCACAGCCCCUCUAUGGGGGUUUAUCAUUGACAAAAAGGGCUACGUAAAGAGCAUGAUGGCAGUUGGAAAUUUAGUUGGUGCAGCUGGUUAUUUACUAAUGGGACCAACACCAUUAAUAGAUCACUUACCGUUUAAACUGUGGUCUAUAAUUUUAUCACUGAUGCUUAUGGGACUUGGUUUAGGAUGUGCCAUUAUUCCUACAUUUAGGGGAUUAAUAGAGUCAGCCAAGGCGCUUGGAAUGGAAGAAAAUAUGGACACUCAUGGUAUGGUCUCUGGACUCUUUAAUUCCUGCUUCUCACUUGGAGCAUUCAUAGGGCCAACGGUAGGAGGGGCUUUGGCAGAUAAACUGGGUUUUGACUGGUCAGCAACAGUUUGUGCCGGAUUAAUAACUCUCUCGGUAAUAUUAAUUGCAACAUUCGAAAUUUUGAAGACAUGGAAUGAAAAAAAAAUACAGAGGUUCCAACAAAGGAUACGAAACAAUAGUCAAUAACACAAAGAAAAAUAAUUUAUAACCACUGCCAUCUACAUUCAAAGUUUUUUUCUUGGCAUUUAUAUUAUGUAAAAGGAAGGAUUAAAUUUGUGUAAAAAUAAUUACACAUAAAUGAAAUGAAAAAC